AUUCCACUGAACUAUAAAAGCACUAUCUCAGCUGUCUGACAAUUCAGUCUGUAGGUUUCACUGCCACUAUUCGGUUAACUAAAGCUUUUAUAAUCGACACUCAACAUGUACAAAUUCGUUGUAGUAUCUGUGAUAGCCCUUGUUGUUCUUCAGGGUUGUCUGGCUAAGCCAAGAGCCAAACAAGCUUCCACACCUAUAGAAAAAUCCCAAAUUGAUGAACUGGCCGCUACUGCCCGUCAAGUUGUACAAAAUGUUAGUGCUACCAUAGAAGGAAACUUACCCGACUCCAAACAAGUUGCCAACUCCAUCGUAGAAAACACACAGAAAUUCGCCACCAAGUUGAAGAGCGUUGUUGAUGAUUUAAGCAAACAGACCGCUGAACACAAAGGCGAUUUUGAGAACGUGUUGAAACAAAUCGAAACCAACUUCAAAAGCACCGCUGACAGUUUGGAAAAGGCCGUAGGACCUGAAGCUACCGCCAAAGCUAAAGACUUGAAGAAGAAAUUGGACGAUGGUUUAAACAACGCCAUCACCGAAGCAGAAAAACUUGUGAAAGCUGUUGAGCCCGGCGCGACACAAUUGAAAACAGAUGUCACCAAUACUGUGAAAGGACUCUUGGACCAAAUCGUUGAAGUCAGCAAAAACCUUAAACACGACUUAGACAAAUCUUUGGCAAAACAAUAAAAUUACAUUCUUAGGAAGUACAAACUGUAUUAAAUUUAAGUUUAAGUGACUGAUUUACCUAAAUUAUAGUGAAUAUGCUCUAAAAUAUAUUUUUUUUAAUUUAGUUUAAUUUUUUAAAUGAAAAAAUGUAUAGUUUAAAAAUAAACCAACAGACAGAGUAAAAGUAA